UAAAUCUAGCAAAACUCCAAGAAAUGCCGGCCGAUCGUUGUAUUUCCUUGUCAUUUCUUGAAUUGUAUGAUCAAAUAAAAUUUGCCCAACUCUCUUGCUUGUUUACCAUGUCACCUAGCAACCAUCUUUGAUUCUCCAUGAAAAAAUGGGUUGUUGUUGGUCGAACCAAGAGCGAGGAUAUGCAUUCGAAAGUAAGCGCGGGAGCGAUCCUGCUGCGGGAAAGUUGUUCAGGCAUGAAGGAGAGAACAAUAUCAAGAGAGUGGUAGUGGUGAAUGGUCCUAAUAAUGGUGGAGAGAAAUUGGUUAAAGUUAUGAAAGACAAUGGUGGCGUUGGAAAAGUCUCGCAUUUGAAAAAGAUUGGCGACGAUGACCAUGUGGGCGGAUGGCCAAAGUGGCUCGUCGAUAACAUUCCGAAAGAAGCUUUGGCUGGUUUGAUUCCGAAGAGUGCUGACUCUUAUGAUAAACUAGCAAAGGUAGGGCAAGGAACUUAUAGCAAUGUGUACAAGGCUAGAGAUAGGGAUAGCGGAAAGAUUGUCGCGUUGAAGAAAGUUAGGUUCGAUACAUCAGAACCCGAGAGUAUUAAGUUUAUGGCAAGAGAGAUUCUGAUAUUACGGAAGUUGGAUCAUCCUAAUGUGAUCAAGCUUCAAGGACUAGCCACAUCAAGGAUGCAAUACAGUCUUUACCUAGUCUUAGAAUUCAUGCAGACUGACCUCACCCGGGUCAUCUCCCGUCCUGGUCAGACCCUUACGGAGCCUCAGGUUAAAUGCUAUAUGCUUCAGCUGCUUUCAGGUCUUCAGCAUUGCCAUGAGAGAGGGAUUUUACACAGAGAUAUCAAAGCCUCAAACUUGUUGAUAGACAAAAAUGGGAAUCUGAAAAUAGGAGAUUUUGGACUUGCCAAUUUCUUCAUCCCGAAACCAAAACGACCGCUUACGAGCAGAGUGGUUACGCUCUGGUAUAGAGCUCCCGAACUACUUCUGGGCUCCACGGAUUAUGGAGUCGGCAUUGAUCUAUGGAGUGCAGGAUGUCUUUUAGCUGAGAUGUUCAUCGGCAGGCCAAUUAUGCCUGGAAGGACUGAGGUUGAGCAACUUCAUAGGAUAUUCAAGCUAUGCGGUUCGCCAUCAGAAGAUUACUGGAAGAUAAUGAAGUUACCGACAAGCUUCCGGCCAUCGCAACACUACAAGCCUAGUUUUCAAGAAUCCUUCAGGGAUUUUCCAGAGUCUUCUUUUGGUCUCUUGUCCACACUUCUUGCUCUCAACCCUGCUUAUCGCGGCACUGCUACUUCUGCUCUUCAAACUCAUUUCUUCAGUGCAAGUCCACUAGCCUGUGAACUUUCGGGUCUACCAGUGAUAUACAAAGAGAAGGACGACCCCAUUGAAGCCCACGAUAGGAAGAAGCAUAAGAAACCCAAAAGACAUUCCUCUCUAGCAAGUCAUGAAGGGCAUAGGAGAAAAAACCUUACUACUCAACAACCCAAAGAAGAUACUGAAUCUUCUAAAGAGCAUGAGAGGCAUUCAGAAUCCAACAUAAGCGAGCAAGAGGCAGGAAACAGCAGUUCCACCAGCACUUCUUCCUCUCUAAAACCAGUUACAGCAAAACAAAAUGUGCAUAUUCGGCCAUCGUUUUCGCCCGUUAUUCGGCCCACUCGCCAAGACAGAUCGAUGAAAACCGAAGCUCAUCCUAAUGCAACCAAGAAUAUCCAAAACUACACCCUUUUACAGGCUUCUAUUACAGACAUUGUUAACCACAAUGGUGGCAAUGCAAUGCCUUAUCGUCGUUCUCUAUCGACUAUUGAUUUUCGUACUCUUGAUCCGGAGAGGAUAUCAAAACUCUUUGGAAAUGAGAAAGAAUAAGUUGCUGGUAAAUGAUAUUUACCU